AUGGACACAACAAAGACAGUUGUUUUGAUCACAGGUGCGAAUAGCGGAAUCGGCUUCGCGACUGUUAUCGCAUUGUCUCAAACGUCACCGAAUUAUCACAUACUGCUCGGGAGUCGAUCCCUUGAUAAGGGCAAGAAGGCAUUAGAAGAGAUCUAUUCUUCCCAUGACAGCUCUCUGAAGAGCAGCAUCUCGCUUAUUCAAAUCGACGUCACCGAUCGCAAGUCCAUCUUUGCCGCGAAGGACCUAGUAGAAUCCGAGCAUGGCAGACUGGACGUGCUGAUCAACAACGCGGGCAUUAUAGUCACUCGCAAAGUGGACAGCGAAACGCUCCUCCGUGAGAGCUUCGAAACGAACUCAAUCGGCCCGUAUGUGGUCACAGAGGUUUUCGAGCCUCUCCUGAAAAAUUCCAAGGAGCCUCGACUCAUACACGUGUCUUCGGACCUGGGUUCCGUCACGCAGAGGUUGGAUCCGAACACCAAAUCCGCUUUCACUCGGGCCGAGUGGUACCGGAUGAGCAAGGCCGCACUGAACAUGCUGGCGGCGUGCCACCGGUACAACUUUGCGGGGUGGGGCUGCAAAGUGUGUGCCUUCAACCCGGGGUUCACAGUGACCAACCUGACCGGCGAGGCUGGCCGCAAGAUGCGGAUCCAGCAUGGCGCGAGGGACGCAAGGGAGCCGGCGGAGAUGCUUGUGAAUAUUAUCAUGGGUGAUCGGGAUGCCGAUUUUGAGAAGUCAGGCAUAAUCGAUAUCGAUGGGGGGGUUCUACCGUGGUAA